AUGAGCAGCCUCUUUGUAGAACAAAAAGUGGAACCCGAAAAGAUUAAGGAGGAAAAAAUAAAAGUGAACGUAAAUAAAAUAUUAUACAAAGCUCAUAAGAAUAUCAAAAAAGAAAGAAUAAAGAAUCCAUCGAAAAGGAUAGAUUAUUUGUGUGUUGAUAAAAAUGACUUACCCCAAAAUUUACCUAAUGCAAAAAAUAUUAAAAAUAGGAAAUUAAAAAAUCAAUUAAAUAAAGAUGUAAAGCUAGCUAUAUUGUCUUCAAAAAAAAUAUUGGCAAAUACAAAAUUUAUGCCUCUGAAAGAGGGAUAUAUAAAAUAUAAUUCUGUGAAUGAACCAGGGGUUCACAAUGCUUCAUCUUCAAAAAAAAAAAAAAAAAAAAAAAAAAAAAAAGAUCAAUUGAUAGAUUCGACAGAAAUGGAAACACAAAAUAAUGAUGAUAAUAACAUGAAUGGUAUUAAUAGUAUUAAUAGUUGUCAUCGUAAUGAACUUGAUUUUAAUACUCAUCAGAAUUACACAAAUGAACAGGAUGGGGUGAAUUCUUUAGGACCUGAGGAUGAAGAAGGUAAUAUAAAUAGGCGAGCUAGCCAAAAAUAUAUUUAUGAUAAAGCUGAUGUAGGUACUCAAAAAAAAGUAUUUGAUUUGAAAUUAAAUAUGGGUCCUUAUUCUUGUACGUAUACAAGAAAUGGGAAAUAUUUAUUAAUGACAGGAGUAAAAGGACAUGUAAGUUUAAUAGAUACACAUAAUUUAGAAAGUUUAUGUGAAUUUCAAGUUGAUGAAAUGAUUAGAUGUAAUACAACACUACAUAAUUACAAACUGUUUGCAAUUAGUCAAAAAAAGUAUAUAUAUAUAUAUGACAAUACAGGAAUGGAAAUAAAUUGUAUAAAGGAUAUAUUAUAUACAUAUAAUAUGGUGUUUCUACCUUAUCAUUUUUUAUUAACAUCAAUAGGUGAAUUCGGUGAAUUAGUUUAUCAAGAUAUAUCAGUUGGAAAUAUUAUAACUAGAAAGAAAACAAAAAGAGGACCAUGUUCUAUUAUAAAACAAAAUAAAAAAGAUGCUAUAAUAUAUUUAGGUCAUAAGAAUGGACAUGUAACUUUAUGGUCUCCAAAUGUUGAUAAAAGUUUAUGUGAUAUUUUUUGUCAUCAUACACCUAUAUCUUCUAUAGGUGUUCAUGAUAAUUAUUUAAUAACAGCAUCAGUUGAUUCAACAUAUAAAUUAUGGGAUAUAAGAAAAAUGGAAUAUAUAAAAUCCUAUAAAUCACAUAAUAUUAUUAAUAAUAUUGAUAUAAGUGAUACAUCUCUAGUUGCCUUUUCAAUGAAUACACAUUUUAGAACUUAUAAUAAUUUUUUUACAAAUCCACAAUUAUAUAUAACUCAUAAUGUAUAUGGAGAUCAAAUUAAUUCCAUAUCAUUUCAACCCUUUGAAGAUAUUUGCUCUUUAGGUUUAAAACACUCAAUAAAAACUGUUCUCGUACCAGGAGCAGGCAUAGCUAAUAUAGACACAUUCUUUAAUAACCCAUAUGAAACAAAAAAACAAGUGAGAGAAAAUGAAGUUAAAUUAUUAUUAGAUAAAUUACCAGCAGAUACUAUUAAAUUUAAUACGAACCAAAUAGGAAACAUAAACCCAUAUAUUCUAAAACAUAAUGAACAAAAAAAUUAUACAAAUUCUUUUAAUAAAAAAAACAUCCAAAAGGGAAAUAAUAAUAAUAAUUCUUUUUAUCAUAAUAAAAAAAAAGCAAAUAAGAAAAAAAAAAUAAAAUAA